AUGGCGAAAGUAGACAGAAAACAUUGGUAUCUAACCGGAAACUUCGCUCCCAUCAGCACCCGACUUACCUCCAAACCCUGUUACUUCGAGGGUACCAUUCCCGAGGAAUUCCUGGGCGGCCAAUAUGUCCGGAAUGGCACCAACCCAAUCCAGCGUGACAACCCGCGCGGCUUCCACUGGUUUGACGGCGACGGCAUGCUCACAGGUGUAUACUUCAAGCGCAUCUCCGGACCAGCUCAUGUUCAACCCGUCUUUAACAACGAGUAUGUCCUAACGGAUAUAUACUGCGCGACGGCGCGAGACCGCAACCUCUACCCCAUAAUGCCUAGCGUUGUGGCGUUAACUAAUCCUGCCUCGUCUUUGCGAAUUAUAUAUGAAAUAUUGCGGAGUAUAGUUUUGAUCUUUGCGUCGAUUUGUGGCUUGAUUGCCCGACCGAUCAAGAGGGUGAGUAGUGCGAAUACCAGCAUUUUUCAUCAUGAUGGUCGUGUCAUGGCAACGAACGAGAUUGGGCCUCCCAUGCGUGUGUUCUUACCACUGCUGAAAACAGUGGGCUGGUUUACUGGUAAUAUGGCGGAGGGCGAACCUAUUGGCAUUGAUGCGUGCAAAGAGACGUUUGGCAGCCCAGGGAUGGAGGGAGCUUUGAAGGAAAUGACAACAGCACAUCCUCGGGUUGACCCUCAGACUGGGGAACUGCUUCUCUUCCAUUCAACAUUCAUCCCGCCGUUCGUGAACUACUCUAUCAUACCUGCUAGAACUACCGUGACACCGGAGUUUCGUCUCAAUCGGCCCGUGCCUGGCCUUGUUUCAGGGAAGAUGAUGCAUGAUUUUGGAGUAUCCCACCGACAUACCAUUAUUAUUGACUUGCCUCUCGAACUCGACCUGUCUAAUAUCACACAUGGAAAGCCGGUGGAUGAAUACAACCCACGGGGCCAAACGAGGCUUGGGGUAUUCCCUCGGCAUGUCCCUGAACUCAUCCGAUGGUUUACGACAGACCCCUGCGUGGUAAUGCAUACAGUAAAGUCUUGGGAUGAUAUUACACCUGGAGGAACAUGGGUGAAUAUGCUGCUUUGUCGCAUGAACAGUGUUGCGCCAUUCUACCAUAUGGGUAAUAUAGCUGCCCCAGAAGCUUUGAAGCAACCUGAUCCACAAUACCGUCUUUAUUACUAUGAGUUCCCACCCAGCCAUGAGAGCAUAGCGUCGAUCUCCCAGCAGUGGGCGCUAUCAGCCAUUCCUUUCGAAUUCCCAUGUGUGCCCCAGCACCUUGAGAUGGAUCCAACCAGGUUUGUCUACGGGUGCUCAAUGCGAAAGGGUAAUUUCGCUGCCACUCAUAUCAGCGCCUUCAAGAUUGACUGUCUCGUCAAAGUGGACGUGGAACAGCUUCUCUCACAGGGUAAGACCGAGCGUCUAUCUCCAGUGGACGGCUGUGUAGACGAGCGCUCCAUUGAUGAAGUGCUCGCUUCAGGCAACCCCGACGACCCUAUCAAGGUGUUUGCCUUUCCCACGGGGUGGUAUGCCCAGGAGUGUUCGUUUGUAUCACGGAAGGAUGGAAAGUAUGAAGAUGAUGGCUGGCUCGUUACCUAUGUAUUUGAUGAGUCGCAACUGGAUGAGAAUGGCGAGGCUCCACCUCACUCGCGCAGUGAGCUUUGGGUCAUCGAUGCUGUUGGUAUGAGAGAGGUGGUCUGCCGAGUACUCCUGCCGCAGCGUGUACCAUAUGGGAUGCACGGAAAUUGGUUCUCCGAGGAGCAGAUCGUAAAUCAGCGAGACGUAGAAACGUUUCGCCACGAGUACUAG